ACAAAAAUGGCCGCCCUUAUAAUAGCGCGGAGUCGAUGUUUCCGGUUGUUUUCUUCAAGACGACAGAUUGUAAUAUUUGACAUUGCUAGAAAUGGAACAUGCAGAAUAACUGAGCCGGGUUUCAUAAUUUCAAGAUCGUGUUCGCAUAUACCCACUAGAAUAAUCAUAUCAACAAAAUUAACGUUCCCAGACCUUGAUGUCGUAGGUGAACGACUAAUCGGUAAAGACAACUCAAACAUCAAGAGACUUGUAGAUGAGAGUGGCUGUAAGUGGGAAGCUGAAGUGGACGAGAAACAUGUUCAUAUUGAAGGAAACGAAUAUGCAGUAGUGAAGAUCGCAAAAGACAUAGUAAAGAAGGAAGUUCAAACAAUACGGAAAGCCAUAAAUGAGGAGAUGCACUUAGAAAAUAGAAAGGAAGACAUUCAAACAAAAAGGGAACGUACUGAUGAUUUCCAUAAGUGUUUGCAGGUCGAAGAAAGGGUGUUUAUAGAUCAUAAUAGUGCUCUUUGUAGAAUAGUUGGUCUAAAACUCGGAGAGUGUAUUCAGAAACUCCUUGGACUUGGAGGUGGAGUCGAGAUAUCUGUGAAAGGUAACCAUGUCUAUAUCAAUGGGACUGAUGGUGAUGCUGUAAGGAGAACAGCAGAACAAAUAGCAUGGAACAUUCAAGUAAUCAGGGAACAAAAUGGAGAUAUGGGGCAGUUCAAAGAAAAAGUGUUGAUGGGUCAAGACGUUCAUGUCCAAUGAAAGAUUAAACAAAAAAACAGGGAAUCUCCAAAGUGAACAUGAGGUCAACAUUGAUAUAGAAGGUGACUUCGUCAAUAUAUCGGGGACAGGUGAAGAUGCAGUGAGGAGAACAGCAUAUAAAGUAGCGUGGUACAUUCAAUCCAUAAGGAAAAAGUUCUCAAGAUAAGGAGCAGUUGGAACAAACAGUGUUUAUAUCGAUGUAGAUGGUGACCACAUGUACAUGCACGUCUUUAUCUCUGGGCCAGAUGAUCAUGAUAAAGUGAGAAAAACUGCAGAAAACGUAAAGCAGGACAUUCAAUCAAAAAGGAAAAGUCUGUACAGCUCAAUACUCAUGUGACCUAUUCAGUUUUGUGAACCCUUUUUUUCUGUCAUUGUGCAUCAUCUGUGGUCCAUAAACUUUCUAUAUUUUUGACUUCCUCUUUAUUAAGAAUCAAGAAAUGGAUUUCUUUCAAACUUGAUAAGAAUCAUACUUAGUUUAAGAUGGUAUCAAAUUGUAAAAUUUGGGUUCCUGUCCAAAACCCCAGGUGCAAAUGAUGAGGCCAAAUCAGUGUUCAAACAAUCACCAUAAAAAACACUGCAUGUACAUCAAUUGGAAUCAUUUACUUAAUCCACCAGGUUGUUUAUUUGCUUUACUUUAGUCUUACACAUACAAAUGUAUUUUCAUUAUUUCAUGUCCUCGCUCAGGACCGUGUUUAUUGUGAAAUGUAUAUAUAUAGUAUUUCGUCGUUAAUGUUACCUAUUUUCCGCCUAUUUUUAGCCCACCAUCAUCUGAUGGUGGGCUAUUCAACUCGCCCUGCAUCCGUGGUCCGUCCGUAAAC